AUGUUCGAGCGACGCGCCGCCGAUCGAUAUAACCUCCGGAUGCACCGAGCCCGCUCGGCUGUGUUGACGACGGAGGAAAUCGUGGAAGUCCGAGCAGCCCAGCGGACCUUCGAGGGCGCAUAUGUCCGGACCUCGCUCUCGCUCUUCUCCUUCUCCCUCGCCGUAUUGAAGAUCUUCACGGCCGAAUUCUAUAGUAUCGGCGCGCUCUUCGCAAUCUACGGGACGGGCGUCCUGAUCAUAGGGCUUUUCCGUCGAUACCAGCGCAACCGCCAAUUUUUCUCAGAGAUCGGCGAAGACGGGAUCCAUCGACACAAGUUUCGGACCAGUGGGAAUGCAGUGGUGAUUCUGACUGCGCUGAGUGUUGCCGCAUACGUGUGCCUGAUCACCCUGACCCUAAGCCUCACCCAGUGA